CACUUUACACUACAGCCGCUGCAGUAUCGCGUUCUGUUGCGUUACGAGAGUAUCCUGUAGACUGUGGCCGCUGAUCAUCGUGACGCACGGAUAAAAAGCAGUGUUUAUCGUCACAGUACAUGUUGAUGAGGCUUUUGUGAUAUUUAUUGAAAUAUAUAAGAACUCUGCGACAUUGAUAUAGAUAAUUAAAGAGACAUUAGGCACAAUGUCGAGUGCAGUAAUCAACGAAGACAAAAGCGGGCUUGCCGACUGCGUUGAAACGGCCGCUGAUGCCUCCGACAUCAGACAAAGAACGGUGCAUGAAAAACUGAAAAAUAGCAAUUUUACCUCUAUAGCCAACGGGUCCGUGACGUCAGCCGACGGGGAGAAGAACAACCAAUGUUCAAAUAAUAACAAAGGGUCCAGCCAAUGCACUUUCCACCUCUGGUCUCGGAAGGCGCUUCUUAAUCGUAAGGACAUCCCGAAGCACCUGCAGUUCAACCCAUACAUCGAAACAGGUUACCGACCGCUUUUAUCAAUGUGGGGAUGCAUUAUGAGCCUCUUCUAUUUCCACAAUGAGACUAUCAACAUCAUCACUCAUGGUGUCCCGAUGCUAUACAUCUUGUUAUGGUGGCAGACGUUGUUACCGUGGUCAGAAAUCAAUGUUCCGUUGUUACCUUGGACACACUUAGUAUCAACAGUGAGUCCCUGGGUCGGUUCCACCAUCUACCACCUCUUCAUGAAUCACCGCGCCGGGGAGUCCUGCUACAAGUCGCUCCUUCAUCUAGAUAUGUUCGGCAUCUGGAUCACUCAAAGCUUUGGUGCUCUGACGACGGUGUACGCGUCUGUAUCCUGUUUGAGCAGUUCUUGGAUCUGGCGAGUUCUGGCAGUGUACUGCGUUGUCUCGUUGUGGUGUUUGUAUAAGGCGCUCUCGGCGAACUGUGCCAUGGCGAGGCGACUGUGCUUCUCUUUGGCGGCCGUCAUGCAGAUCACUGUCCUCUACCUCAGGUCGACGCCCUUCGGGGGCGGCGACCCCCGAGCUGUUUUACACUAUGUGAUGCAGGAUUUGCUAGCGGUCUUAGGAGGGUUUGUCGGGGCCCUCCGAAUCCCAGAGAAGUGGGUUCCUGGACGUCUGGAUCUCCUAGCAAAUUCACACCACAUCAUGCACGUUGUAGUUGUUUAUGCUGUAUAUCACCUGCAUCAGGGGGCUGUUUUGGACAUGGUCUGGCUAUCAGGCAACAUUACAUGUCAAUAUGACACUGCUACUAGUAGCCUUUAGAGGGCCAGAAUUACCCAGCACACACCCUUCAUCUAUCAUGUUAUCAUACAAGACUUAUCAGAACUAAAAUGGCUUGGAUCUUUUACCACAUUUGUCACAAAUCAACGCUGGAUCAUCAUGUAAUUUGGAUUAGAAAUUAUGCCAUCUACAUCAGUCUGCUGUUAUAAAGGGAAUGACCAGUGUGUUAUUUAUCAACUACUGGUAUUUUCUGAUAUUAUAUAUAUUUAUACAUAUAUAUAUAUAUAUAUACUCAGUGAGUUACAUAAACUUUUUACUCAGUGUGUGUAAUGUUAUAUUGUUAUAAACACCACCAUCACUCAUUUUUCCCUUUUUCAUUUUAAGUUUUCAUGUGAAGAAGCUUGUAUUUGUCUGUGACAGGUUGCGAAUGGAUGGAUUUCACCCACCUCUCCAAACAGAAUUUGUCAUCAUCCAUUGUUGGCAUAGCUAUAUUAGUUCAAAAGGCUGUUUAGUAUCGAUAAGGAGCUCAUUAGUCACUAGUUUUUAAGUGAAAAAUCAUUCCUUAGAUCAAAUUGUAACACUGCACAGCAGUUGGUUCAGCAAGCAUCCUAAAUUUUUCAAAAUAGAUUCAGUCUAGAUGAUACACAAUCUUUGCUUGUGAGCCAUUUGUCAAGUAGGUCAAGUCAAAACAAUUGUAAAAAUAAAGGGUACUUCGUCUAAGUCCGAUAUUGAUGAAGGAUCGACUGCUGUUGUGGUAUUUUUAUAUAGGUUACCUCACUAGCAUUACAGGUCAGUCCAUUACCAGUUAUGCUCCUACUUAGGCAAUGCAAACAAUAGUCUUAGAACAAGAGUCCUUAACAUAAUUUUGCAAUGCAUGUCGUUUUCAGUGGAAUCAUUAUGCACCGUUAGGAUAUUUUGUAUAGUAGCCAAAGUAUAUACUUUUAUAUGUAUAUCCUGCAAUACUAAGAAUAGUGGCAAUGUUUGUUAUGUUCAUAUCAGUAUGUGAGACUGGACAAUUUAUCAUCAAAUUUGAUACUGAAAUCUUAACAUUAUUUAUGUUUUGGCUGUUACUUGUAGGUAAGUCACUGCAUAUUCUUUGGUCAAGACAGAGAUAUAUGCAGUGUGUGCGCUAACCAAUGCAAUUAGUAAUAUGAGUAAGAUAGCUUUCUUCAUUUAAAGUACAUAUAUAUAUAUAUACAUAUAUAUUUCACCUAUAUAUAGUAUAUAUUAUGAUCCAAAUGCAAUAUAUGGUAUCACAAAGUAAAGUAAUGGAACAAAAUAAUUGUGUCAAGUACUCUUUUAUUAGUAAGUUCUUUCUCACCAUGCUUUGAUAUUACAUAACUAAUAAAAGACACUGAUGUAAAUUACAUAUUUUGUAGUUCGCUGGUUCUCCAUUAUUUUUUCCUAUUACUGUACUUUACCCACUGCAACAAUAUAAUGACAACACACCUCCUUGAACUAAAAUGGCAUAGGAUUCCUCACAGACCAUCAUCAUCAAUGGUCUAAAGUGAUGUUUGCACAACUAAGCAUUUUGAAGUAGCUCUUAACAUCAUGAGUAAUCAACAUGUCCCAAUUGCAAACGGACAACUCAGUAUUAAGUAUUACUUCUUAUCUACAAGAAAAUACAGUAGUAUUUUUGGAAGUCUGUGAUGAGGGAAUUAUUGUAAUAUAGUAGAUCAGAGGGUUUUUUCAAGGCAAGACAUUCCAAUGUUUAAUUUUACUCAUUGGGUCUGAAUACCUCGUAGAUGACUCAUGAUUGCUGUAAGUUGCAAUGUUAUGUUCAUACCCUUAAUGCAAGAGAUGAUUAUUUAAUUUUAUAAUUCCAGUUUAUUAUCAGUUUCUUUUUUAUUCCUAGAACAAAGCACAUAGAAUACUAAGUACAGUAUACUGUGAUUUAAAUUAGACCCUAUAAGUUUGAUCCACAUACAGCUAUCAGAACUUUGGAGUUCCUUGAAGUAUUUCAUUAUGUAAUAGCAUGGUCUUUGUAUUAUUAUUAUUAUAUAACAUUGAGUAGUAGUAUAAUUAUAAAUGAGUUGUGGUAAGUGGAUUUGAAAAUUUACUGAUGAAGAAAUGGUUUAAUUAAUGUGAACUAGGGUUUUGUGUGAAGUAUUAUGCUUCAAAUAUGCAUGUACAUACCGACUUUUCAUGAGGAACUAUAGAUUUUUAUGAUAGAGAGCUAAUUUUGAGAAAUUUCUUUAUCAUAGAGUAUGAGCAUCUCGGUAAAAUAAUUUCUUUAUUGAAAUACUGUCUGCAUACGUAAAAGUGAUACCAAAGAGAUGCUAUAAAAAGAGAAUUUUGAGAGCUUUGCAUUCUACUGCUGUGAGAGAAUAAUGGUAUAUUACAGAAGUACAUGUUCAUCCACACCUUUGAAAUGGAAAAGAAUAAGUAUGUUCCUGACUGCAGAUUUCAGAAAACAUAUAUAAAUUCAUAUCCAAACCUAUACAUCUGAAAUUCAUAUCCAAAUCUAUAUUGCACAUUCUUCAAUUACCUUAAUUGCAAGACUAUGUAUUGCACAUUAGCUUUAAUAUGUUACUGACAUUGAGAUAUGUACUUGCAUUGUCAUUAAUUUUAUAACUGAAGCUUUAAUCUCAUGUGUGAAAAGUUUAGCUUUAUUUUAUAUUUAAUGGUAACAAUGUGAAAUUUCAUAUAAACAAUGAACAAAUCAGAGCUAGAAAAAAAAAUACUGCCAUUCAGUGAUUGUAGGUUUGCAUUUAUCAGCUUUGUCCAAGUCCUUAAGGAGAUCAUUUUGGUACUAAAAAAAAAUUUCAGUACAGUUGUAUAUUGGUAUGCAACCAAAUUGAAUGGUUAUUUUCAAAUUGCAAAUUAUUUUUAACAAUUCCCAACUGUCAUGGUAAGAUUUAACCGUACAUAGCUAGUUGUACCGAGGAAUAUCUUUGUGGUAAAAUGUUUUAACUGAAACAGGUGUAGAGGUUUUGUGUUAAUUAAGUAAACUUUGGUCAAAAAGUUUAUAAAUAAAAUGAUGUUGCCCAUGAUAAUACCUUUGCCCUAAAAUUAUGUAACGAGGCAUUUAGUGGGCUGUUCCUAUUAUUUCACAGUUUAUUGUUGUGACUGUUGAUAUUAAUGUAUGUAAUUUACUUUAUAAUUAUUAUUAUUAGUGCCAUUUUUUCCAUUUUAUUUUCAAUCAUUACAUUAAAAAGGUGUUGUAUCUUAAACACUCAAGUUUUCAGAGUUGAGAUGAGUAUGUAUUAUGCAUUACAGCAAUUCAGAGGAAAGUAUAAACAUGGCUCCAUUUAAAUCAACACUGUGUAAGGCCACAAAAUGUGGAAGAAUUUUACUAUGUUAAAGUUGCAUACAUUUUCUCCUCAGAGAACAUCAUUGCUUGAAGCUAUAGAUGAAUUAUUGUCUAUAUAUUACUAUAAUUAUAUAAGAUUUUCCAUUGGUGUUUAUGGAUUAUCAGUCAAGUUUUAAUUAUUUUAAAGUUUUCUUAUUUAUACAUAAAGUAUACAGUGUCAAUGCAUUGGAAAUUUUCAGUUAAAUCUUUAAAGCAUGAAAAGGGGAUUUCCUGCCUAACUUGAUUUAGAACCAUAAAUCCUUACAAAUGAUAAAAGAUAAAACAGAAUUGAAUUAGAGUAGAUGAAAUUUCACUAGACUUUUCUUAGCAUUACACUAUACCCUAAUUACUUGAAUAUACAUGUUUAGAUUACAGUAUUAGGAACUGGGAUAUCUGGAGAAGAACUUUACUUUUUAUUUACUAUUGUUGCUUUUUUAAUUGCAUAUGAAAUUGUUUUUCUUCUUUCAUAAUGCAAUUUUGUAGAGUGCUGUUUUAAUGUCAAUAAUUUUUCUUGUUACUUCAGGUAUUUGUUUUUGUAAUGAAUGUAUUCUAUUACAAGUGCACUUUUUAUCAUUCAUUACAAAAACAUUCUUGGGAAAUUCAGUGUAUGCAUAUGUUUUAUAUCAUAUUUAGUAGUUUGGAUCCAGAAAAAGAUGAGCUAAACUUGAGAAAGAAUUCUGGCCUUGGUCAGGUAUAUAAAUAGUGUAAUAUUAAAAGCUGUAUAAAGUGUGUGUUUGUGUGUUGUGAAUGAUAAAACUGGAGGUAAAUAGUUAAAAGGGGUGCUUAAAUAUGUAUGAAUCCUUUGUUGUAUGUACAAGCUCAAGCUUGCUAUAACUUGACAUUUCUGGUCAUCUGUUUUUUUACUACAUGCAAGUAUUGUAUGCUGUAUGGUACUGAAGUAUAAUGUAUUUUUAACCAUUUUAACCAAGGUUUGACAGUACAGGUAUAUUUCUUUUUUAAGCUGCCAGUGUACUUGCCUGUUCACCAAGUUUGUUAUAUGCUAAUUAUAAUUAAUAAAGUCUGUAACCAAUAAGAAGCAAGAAAAGAUGAAAAGACAAUUAGGAUUAUCCAUUUUCUAUCAGUCCUACCUUUCAGUUUUGGAGCAACUGUCAUCUAACCCCCCCAAAACAAAAAUAUAUAACAGCUAUAAAUCAGGUAUUUAAAUUUAAAAAAUUCAUAUAUGAACUAUGUAUGUACUACAGUAAAUCUUUGCCAUACUAAGAAUUGAGCAUUAACCGCAGAAAACAAUCUCCAACAGAUAAUCGUUAAUUUAUUUAUAAAAAAAUGAACACAUGCUAAGUACGGCAGUUUGCCCAGUACUGCUUAAAUUUCAUUGUGGUGAACUACCAUACCAUUUCGUUUCCAAAUUGUAAAUUAUAUUUCUUUUAUAUUAUUAUAAGGUGGUACAAAUUUUGAUUAACAUCUAUAUAAUGGUAACAAUGGUAUUCAGAGUAGUAACCUCAGUAAAUAGUAAAAUAUUUACAUACUUUAAUACAGUAAUGAAAAAACUGAAAUUCAGUUUAGUUUUUAUUUGCUUGCCGAGAUAUGUAUGGGUGAACUAAAACAAUGAGAGGGAAAAGGAGGAGGAAGAGUUUUGUGCAUAAUACAGCACUAUACUGUUUAAUAAUGGUAUAUAUGACCAGGAGACUUCUAUCAUAUAUUUAUCCACACAAAACUACUUUUUAACAUAAGAUAAAUCUUUACUGCACUCAUAAGUUCUUCACUCAGUACAACACUUAGCUGGGAACAGUGAAUGUGAAGGGACUUGAAUGUGUUGCAGAUUACUUGACACAGAUUCCUGAAGACACAAAUUACAUAGUGUACAAAUCCAGUACUUUUGUUGAACAAGCAUACUGUUUGCCACCGGUGCUGUAUUUGAAAUACUAAAUCAGCAUUAAGAAACAUAAAAAAUUAUUAUUUUUGUUGCUCUUUAAGAAAAUUAUUUUUUAAUUGGGUGUACAAUUUCCAUUGUAUUAGUAAUCACUGUUAUACUAAAAAAAUAAAGUCAGAUGAGUUUUAAACAUUCUAUAACUGUAUUUCAUUUAUUCAUAAAAGACUACAUACAAUCUUGUUUUCACAUAACUAUAUGCUAUUUUUUCUGCUGUUAUUACAUAUAAACCACACAAGUUUUUAUGUUUCAUAAUUUUCAAUGACUUUUGCCAAAGAAGCAGUCUAAAAUUAAAUUCUAAAAUUUCAUUCAUCAAUUACACAUUCAUGUCAAUAAACAUUAAAACUAUGCCAGAAUCCGGCUCAUGUUGGCAAUAAAGAAAUUGAGGUUGUUGAUUGAGAAACCAAGUCUGCAACCAGUGUGGCAAAAUUUAACCUAAAAAUUCCCCCAAAAAAUUCCCCAAAAGCAAGUCUGCGUCAUCACAGAAGCUUUCAUAAUGGAUCAAGGGCAAGAACUGCAAAAUGAUGCAAUACAGUAAAAUCUAAAAUUAAUAAAUAAAUAAGCAUGCUUGGUAUGAAUGCUCAAAUUUUUGAAAAAUCUUAUUAAAAUAGAUUUUAUUAUUAAAGAAACAUUUAUAGCUAACUCUAUAAAAGUUGUGUGUUUUGACUUUGUAGCCUGGUUUAGCCAUUAAAAAAUUAUAAAUUAUAAUUCAACUUAGUAUAUAUAGUAACAUAAUCUAUAUAAAUAUGUACGUAUACUAUGGAUAAACAUAUAUAAUGCUUAAUACAUGCACACACACAAACACACACUGGAGCAAUAUAGUAUAGCCAUAAAACUGGCAAAAAGGCAUGACAUAUGAAGAGGGAUUGUUAUUGAUAAUACUGAUAAAAUUAAACUUGCUAUCAAACUGCUACACGUUUGCCCUUAAUGAUACAGUGGUGUUACAUAAAUGACUUUCUUACAACCUGCUGAAUAUUUUUAUUUUCUAUUUUUGUAUCACAGAACUGAGAGGGAAAGCUCAUUUGCUAAGAAUUACCUACUGUAUUUCAAUGCAUGAAUUACUGAAAGAAAACAUUAAUUUUCUUACAAUAGGCUACUGAUGAAUGAGAAACUACUGGAAUGAGAAAAAAAUUUGUACAGUAGUUUAUGAUACUGUUCAAAAGACUUUAUUUAAUUGCUGUGUCUUAGUUUUAGCUUUGCAGUUACAUAAUGCUAGUCGUAUCAAUAGAAAUCAAAUAUGAAUAUAUUGGCAUAACUGACUUUCCUCUUUUGUUUUUAGACAAGUAGUCUAGAAAAUAUAAAUCCUAUGUUGAA